UCAGCAGUACAUCGCAGUCAGUUGUGAGAAAAGAUGCGUAGCUCUGAGGUGUUAGCGACAACAAACCAAAUUAUACUUAUUUGACGGAACAAAAAGACUACGUGAGAAUUUUUCCCGCUGUCAACUGCAUAAAAAGAGCAAAUUUGGCUACGAAAAAGCUUUUUGAAAGUCGAUAAUUUUUUAAAGGGGGGUAAGAUCCCUCCCCCGGUUUUGACAGCACGCAGUGCCCUCGCAGGCUUUUCAGUGCUUGUAAACAGAUCCUCACACGUGACGAUGGGAACCAUCUGCAUUGUCUGUAAAAGCACAAAGGGAGACAGUCAGCGCAUGUUUCAGGCAGGUGAGCAAACCAGGUGGAGAAGUUACAUAGUUACGAACUAGGUAACAAAUUCGACUUCUUCGAUUUUCAUGACCCUUUGUUCUUGAGGACGUAGCCUACGCAAGUUGAUGAUCAGCGAGAUGAACUUCAACAAACAGCCAGAAUAUUCGAAAAGAUAUCCCACGUUCUGCUUAUGUUUACUUCAUUAACAAAACAACUGUUUUGGGGACAUUUUGUUUCGCUUGCAAGUGAAUUUUAAGAUUGUUCUUCCCGGACAACGUCGAGCAGAGGACGGAUAAUUGUGAGCUGGUUGUUUUUUUAGUGGCUGGAUGAAAUGUCAUUCACGAUGGAGGAUUCUUUAGAGUCUGGAUGGGUAGCUGUGCGGCCGAAUGUUUUCGACGAGAAAGAGAAGCAUAAAUUUGUUUUUAUCGUCGCUUGGAAUGAAAUAGAAGGAAAGUUCGCCAUAACGUGCCACAACAGAACAGUACAAAAACUGACUGCUUUUCGGGAUACACUCUUUGAGGUGGGCGAAAGCGACGUCGCAUUUCCUGCCCCCCCUUCAUCCGAAAAACACAAACAUGGAAAAACUUCUCCCAAAAGUCCCACUAAAAGAAAAGAUGAAAUGUGCACAACGGGUAAAAUUAAAUCCAGUGUUAGUGCGACAGGGAAAAACGUAGAGAAGAGUACUGUUCGAGAUAAAUUGUCAAUGGUCGGCACUCCAAAGCCAUCUAAAUGUGUAAGCGACAUACUGGGGACGUGGGAUUUUGUGUCGACCAAGGUCAUGGACAUCGAGGUUCUGGAACCAGUGGAUGUCCCGGGGGCGCCUCGCUCCCCAGAUUAUGGCGACCUCGAUGACGCCGAGAAUGGCAGUCAUGAAGACUACAGUUGGGCCAGACUAUUUUCCUUUCAGGAUUUGAGGGCAGCUCACCUACAAUUAUGCGCUGUCAACUCCGACCUCGAGCCAUGUUUACCCCCAUUUCCGGAGGAACAGUCCGGAAUGUGGACGGUGCUGUUCGGGGCAACCGAGGUCUCGCAACGGGAGACCGAGGCCUUAUGUUAUCAGCUACAGGUGUACCUGGGCCAUGCGUUGGACACCUGCGGCUGGAAGAUUCUUUCGCAGGUGCUCUUCUCCGAAAGCGAAGACACGGAUGAGUACUACGAGAGUUUGAGCGAGCUACGACACAAGGGCUACGAAGAUGCUUUACAGAGGGCCAAGAAACGUCUUCAAGAGCUCCUGGAGCGCCACAAGGCCAUGGACAGCAUGGUGGAGCUGCUGCAGGUGUACCCCGAGGAGGACGAGGCGUACGGGGAGUUGCUGGAGGCCACCACCCAGCUGUACCACUACCUGCUGCAGCCCUUCAGAGACAUGAGAGAGCUGGCCAUGCUGAGGAGGCAGCACAUCAAGAUCUCCCUGGAGACGGAGCGGCUGGGCCCGCGGCGCGUGCACGCCCUGAGGAGGGAGGAUGAGGAGUGGCAGAGGAAGGCCCACGCCGCCAUGCUCUCCAUACAGGACCUCACCGUCAAGUUCUUCGAGACCACGGCACGCGCUCAGAAAGCCGUGUUGGAGCGCAUGCGUGCGGACCAGAGGAAGUUCGGCAAGGCGGCCUGGACUGCGGCCGUGGAGCGCAUGGAGAAGCUGCAGCACGCCGUCUCCAAGGAGACCAUGCAGCUGAUGAGGGCGAAGGAGAUCUGCCUGGAGCAGAGGAAACACAGCCUCAGAGAGGAGAUGCAGAGCCUGCAGGGUGGCGAGGGCGCCAUGCUGCGUCUGGACCACAUGGAGGCGCUGUACUACGAGCUGCAGCUGCAGCUGUACGACAUCAAGGCUGAGGUACUGCGCUGUGAGGAGCAGCUGCUCAACGCUCAGCUGCAGAGCCUGCGCAGACAGAUGACUGAGCACCAGGACGAGGUGGUGUACUACGACGCGUACGAGAGCCCAGACGCCAUGCAGCGGGUGGAGGACCCGGCGGCCCCCCCCGUCCCCCUGAGGGAGGGGCCGGGUCAGCUGCAGCACAGGACCCGGCAGCUGGAGGCCCGCAGGGGGCGCAUCACCGCCAAGAGAGUCUACCUCAAGAACAAGAAGGAAAUCUGCAUCGUCAACCACAACCAGAAGAUGCAGCAACGCCACGGUUGCCAAGACGACCAGGAGGGUCUUCGACCGUUGCCUCAGGUACGUCCACUUCUAGAGCAGGAAGAGGAGGAGAGGAGCAGGGCCAGUAUGAGCCAGGAGAGACAGAGAACCCUGGAAAGACUCCGCAGUUUCAAACAGCACCACCCGGGUCAGGUGACCCUCAAGUCGAGCCGGCCGCGGGUGUCCCAGACGCACACCCGGAGGAAAGCAGGCUCCUCUCCGCCCCACACACACGCGGCCGGCGUGCAGACCGACCACGCCCAGCCGCUCCCCGCGCCCUGCCUCCACCAGCCCGCCUCCCUCCCCCCAGCGGGGGGCCUCACCCUGCCCCCCGCCGGCCCCCUUCCCUCCUCCUGCUCCCUCCCCCCCCUCUCCGCCCUUCACUUCCACCCCCCUCCCCCGCCGCCGCCCCCUCCUCCCCCGCCGCCCCCCGCUGAGGAGCAGGCGGAGGGAGAGGGGCGGCCGCCUUGCCCCCGCAGCCCGACGCAGGUGCCCCGGGGGGGAGGGGAGUCGCCCCCGCUGCCCCUGUCGCCCUUCUCGCCACGCUUCUUCGACAGCAGCCAGCUGGUGACGGCCAGGAAGAAGCUGAGGAAGACGGCCUCGCUCGACUCCUCCCAGUGGAGGAGAGCGAGCUCCCCCAUGGACGAGGUCCUGGCCUCCCUAAAGAGGGGCAGCUUCCACCUGCGCAAGGCCGAGCUGCGCGUCCUGGCCCCUGACCCGGACGACGACGACAGCUGCAACAUCCUGGCCCAGAUCCGGCAGGGCGUCCGGCUGAAGAAGGUGAGGACCCGGCCUGACCAGCAGCGCCAGCCCAAGGACCGCUUCCCCCACUCGGCCGACGCCCUGACCCGGAGCAUCCACGAGGCCCUGCGCAGGAUCAAGGAGGCCUCGCCCGAGUCCGAGUCGGAGGACGAGGGUCUGCCCUGCACCGACUGGGAGAGCUAGUAUUAGACACACGCACACCUCAGCAGUUACUUUGGGUCUUUUACUGACAGAGAGAGUAAGGGCCUGCAGGAGGGAGGAGGGCCCAGGUUCGUUGCACAAACCCUGGGGUCCUUACCUUGAGAUGUGUUACUGCUGCUUGAACGUGGAUCCUCAAUGUUUUAGUUCAGAUUGAAAUGAUCCAAAACAUCCCUUUUAGUUUUUCCCGUCGGUGCGGUGUGGUCGGUGAAACCCCUUACCCCCCUCCUACUUACGUUCCGUUGUGGUUAUGGCUAAGCAUCGUGUCAAAAGGCAAACGGGUGCUUUACAAAAUGAAGGGAUUCUGUGUUUUUUUGUUCAAUGUUUAAGGAAGUUCCGUCGCCUGUUUCCUGCGUGUGUUUUGGUCUCAAGCCAAUUAGCCUCGCGACCGGUUCAGGUGAUUAGCGACCGUGAAAGGCAUCAACUGGCCUCUGAUCACUCCUGCUUGACCUGGGACCCCCCAGCAGACAUGACGAGGCUCGUCGGGUCACCUGGGACCCCCCAGCAGACAUGACGAGGCUCGUCGGGUCACCUGGGACCCCCCAGGAGACAUGACGAGGCUCGUCGGGUCACCUGGGACCCCCCAGGAGACAUGA